GACCGGUGGGUGGAAGCGGAGCCCAAAAUUAAGGAAAAGAGGGGGAAAACACCCCUCAGAAGAAGGGGAAGGGGAGUGACAGAGAGAGGAGGGGACAUCCCCUUCUCUCGACCCGACUGCUGGUGAGGCUGGCAGGGGCGGCCAUGGCAUUCACCUUUGCGGCCUUCUGCUACAUGCUGACACUCGUGCUGUGUGCUUCACUCAUCUUCUUUGUCAUCUGGCAGAUCAUUGCAUUUGAUGAGCUCCACACAGACUUCAAGAAUCCCAUCGAUCAGAGUAACCCCACUAGAGCUGUAGAGAGGAUACGAAAUAUUGAAAGAAUCUGUAACUUGCUACGCCGGCUGGUUGUGCCAGAGUACUCCAUCCAUGGGCUCUUCUGCCUGAUGUUCAUGUGUGCAGGAGAGUGGGUCACGCUGGGCCUCAACAUCCCUCUGCUCUUCUACCAUCUCUGGAGGUAUUUCCACAGACCGGCUGAUGGCUCUGAAGUGAUGUAUGAUCCAGUCAGUAUCAUGAACGCAGACAUCCUCAACUACUGCCAAAAAGAGUCCUGGUGUAAGCUAGGCUUCUACCUGCUCUCCUUCUUCUACUACCUGUAUAGCAUGGUCUAUGCUUUGGUGAGCUUCUGAACUCCAAAGACUGGCCACGAAUGGAAGGCAAAGAAGGAGACAGAGAGGGAGAAGGGAGAGAAAGACAAAGAGGGAAGGACAUCACUGUCUCUCCUUUUCCUCAUCCCCCCAUCACUCCAUCCGACCACCUUCAAUACGCUGGACGAGGGUGGAUAAAGCACUGCCAGGCUGGCUCAGACACUGCCAUUCAGAGAGAGGAGACGUGAGAGAGAGGGAGGGGAGCUUGAGGGAGAUCUGGAGCAGGAGGCGGAGACACGAGAACAUGUUCCGAGAACAUGAACACAGUACAUGAAGCAAAGCAGCCAGAAGACAUACAAGCAUUUGCUUUGGGACACUCCAUUUCUCAAAUCACAAAGGGGAAACGUGGGGCUUUAUUGCCAGAUAGCGUUUUCACAGCUCAGUUUGAAUAGCAUCUUUGAGCUCCGGUUUUUUUCCUCCUGUUGGUUAAAAUUGGUUGCUUUAUUUGGAUGUAAGUGAAAAUACAAUCUGCGGAAGAACAGACCCCCCCCCAUGGGCUGGCAUUCCUCAUUCCCCCAUGAAUGGUCACAGUUUGCUGCUCUGCAACAUGUGUGAGAGUAUUCAUGUGUGUAUCACCAUUGCUCUCUUAUCUGAAUUUAAAAGCACACACACACACACACACACACACACUUGAGAAUUGCCUCAGAGGAGCAAUUUUAUAUGUAUACAAAAUUGAGAGAGAGAGAGAGAGAAAGAGAGAGAUACAGAGGCAGAGGCAGAGACAUACUGAUAUAGCAUUUUGCAAUACAGACAUUUAUUCCUGUAACCUCCACUGCACAUGUAAAAACAUUAUACACAUGAACACAUUCAUGCGAUACCCUCACGCAUACACAUGUUUUUGGCAGAUGCAGCAAUAUUUCACAUAAGUGGCUGGCACAGUUAAGGCACAGGGCUUGUAAUCAAAAGGUUCUGGUUUUCCCAGGAGUGGGCACUGCAUUUGAGCUAAGUGCAUAAUCUGCAACCGCUUCAGUGAAUAUCCAGCUGUAUAAAUGGAUAUGUAAGCUAUGUAAUUCACUCUGAAUACAUUAUUACAAACAAUGUAAUGUAAUGAGGUGUGGGACGGUUUCGUGAUUCCCGCUGCACCUGGGGGGAUGCGUAGGUUAUAUUAUUAUGGUACGGUAAUGAUGGCACAAUACACCUUUGUCCAAUAUCUUAGGUCAAAAUCUUUCAAAGCACUGUAAGGAAACUUUGAUCUCUGUGAUGGCCCAGUCUGGGGGUGGGGGGUGUCAUGUGCCAUAACUUGAUUUGUACAGAUGUAUAGUUUGGAAGUUUUAUCACGGCUUCACAAUGAGCAGCAGUAGGACAUUUUGAUAGAGAAUCCACUUAAGUGACUCAAGAGACAAUAAAGACCCUGUGAAAAAAUGAGACAGCGACCCGACAGAGCUGUGUAGACUAGUACAAUCCAAAUGGACAGGUGUGACAACAAGACAUUCCAGUACUGUGACGAUGUUGAUGCGGAGGCCGACAAAUUUGACUAUUUGCACAAUAAGAUGAGGGCUCAAGUAGCAGUAGCAGGAUACAGUAUGCUGUAUCCUGCUAUUCACUUUGUCCGUCGUGUUAAAUUGGAGACCACAGUCUUUGGCAUGGGAGCCUGAAUGCGUCUUACAGGACACUAGUCUACAGUGGUGAGGAGGAUCACUUGUUUGGAGCCCACAUUGGGACAAGUAUCCUGUGUCGCGACUGCGUACUGUAUGCCUAAACCGGACUGAAAAGAAAUCCCUCGACAAAGACCCAGAGGAGGACAGCACCUCUGCUACAAGAUAUUUCUUUGUGCCAUUGUAAUGUGCUCACCUGUGUUAUAUGUAUGUAGGUAAUUCAUAAUUUGAUUCAAAAUGAUAUAAUUUGAUGCAGUGUAACACCCUUACAAAAAAAAAAAGCCCUACAGGGAUAUUGAGAACCUUAUUGUAACUCACUCAAACUUUUAGUAAUUUCGUUACUUUUAUGGAACAAUUUUGUUUAGGCGGAAAAUGAUAGACUCUAGACUGGGAGCAAGAGAGGCUCAAGGUGGAGCAGGUUUUUAGUUUUCUAUGUAUUUUAAAUGGUUUUAUUUAUUUUACAGUUUCAGCACAAAUAUCCUCUUGCCCUGCCACAAAAUGAGUUAAUCAAAGACAAUCCUAAAAGCACAAAAGGGGAACACAGGACACAUGCUACAGUAUAUGGUUGAAUGUUAAAAUUUACAAAAAAUAUAGCCUAUAUAUUCAAAAUAAAUAAUAAAUAGAAUAUCUUUGUUAUUGUCUUUUAUAUUGCAUAAACCGUCACUGUCUGCUAAUAUUAU